UGGCUGAGGGAGGGGGCGAGAAGUAAAAGUUUAUCAUAAAUUCACAACGAUGGUCAAAUCUCAAUUAAACAACAUAAAACGUUUAAUGAAAACGUUUUACAAUAGUCAUUUACCCGAACAGUGAUUAAUGCGUCUUCAUUUAAAACACAAAAGACCGGGCGCCUUGGACGCUCGAGACUGCUUCAUUAUAAUUAAUGUCUCCGGUUCCUCGUGCACCCGGAGGUCGCGAAUCGCUCCGUCCCGCGCCCACUGAUCUCUGAAGAUCUGACACGAGAGGGAUCUCGCUGGCUAUUGCAAUCUGACAAGAUCUGUAAUACUCGGGGUGAUGAAUCGUUCCAAACUUUUUGACGAUGCUGGCAGCUCGGGGGUGUGCGCAUGUGCGAAGGUGUCCAAACUGACAAUGCUGGAGAGAUAGUGCGUCUGGGAUUGAGAAUCACAGAGGAAAAGGGGAAAAGAUUCGAGAAAAAAUCCGACAAACCCACGCCGAAAGACUGGCAUCAUGAGGUCCAAAGGCAGGGCAAGGAAACUGACCACUGGAGAUGGAGAGGACUUUUCUCUUUUCGCCUCUGAUGACCUGGAAGAACUUGGAGUAUCUGAUGCAGAUCCACUUCCAUUGGCCACUGCGAGUGACCUUCCUUCCCCUGGCCUAUCAGGUGAUGCGUCCUCCCCAGUCGCCCCCUCCCCCUUCCACCAGUCAUUCCACACUUCAAUGUACCUGGCCGGGGAUGGGGUCGAAUCGGUGCCCCCAGACUUUGAGGUCCGCGAGUCGGCCGUUACCAGAGGAAACCUGGGUGUCUGGAGCCGGAGGAGACUGGAGGUGGGAGAACGUCUUGGACCCUACGAGGGAACUUCAAGACACAGCCCAGAAACGUCUACCCAGGCAUGGGAGGUUAAAGACCACCCCUCCUCACGACUGCCCUGUCUGUCAGAUAUCAGUCAGUCUACUCUCCCAGUCGAAACCAGGUCACAGGACAAGGCCAGAGGUCGAGUGUGGUCUUAG